AUGUCCCAGCCCGCCGCCGCCGACCCAGCGGACACACCGUUCAACACGCUUCGGCUUAUCGAGCGCCGCGAGAAGCUGGCCGUUAUUAUCCGGGAGAAGAACGACCUGCAGGACAUGCUCUUGGAGGAGAAGAUGCAGAUCUCCAAGGAACUUCGCGUCUGUGUGCGCGACCUGGCCGACCACGAGAUGGAGAUGGCAAGGAUCAAGCGCGAGCUCCACGCCCACGACCGCGCGGUCCACCAGCGUAAAGUGCUGGAGAGCAUCGAAAAGGAGUCGCGCAUGGCCUUGGCGGCCGCCAUGCCCAUGUCAAAGCGCAAGUUUGACGAGGCCAUGGUGUCUGCAAGUGCCAGUAUGCCGACACAGGAGCGGGUCGCCGGAUACUUUCGCAACGGUGGUGUCGCGCACACGACUCUGGCCGACCACACAAAGUUCAUGAAGGUGCUUGUCGACCUGCAUCGUUCUCGGACCGCCAUCCAGUCGCAGUCGCUGGACCAGGCCCACGCUCAACCGCCUCCACACCGCGACUCCACCCAGCCUCCGUUCCACCUCCAAGCGCCCACAAUGCGCUCGCCACUUAUUCCCCCUCCCCCCCUCCCCGCGGCCGCCCCCGCGUCUGCGACUGUGACCCCCAUCGCUUCCACUGCUACAUCUCCGGCAACGACCACCAAGCCCCUCGCGGCUCCACAGUCCAAGCAGGAGCAGCUGCGGCUAUACGUCAUCCGCUGGCGCGAAGUCAUCAACUACGAGCGCCUGACGGUGCAGGGCGACCCGUUUGCGUCCUACGAGGCCCGGUCGCUUGGCGCAGCGCGCGCAGAAGUGGCGCUGGAACAUAUCGAGGCGAGCCUGAGCGCGCUGCAUAGUGCCAAACAGCCGAGAAUGUCCGCCGCAAACGUUGUUGGAGCGACGGAUGCCGAGCGAGACGAGGUCGGCGCGCACGGCACGCACGGCGGACCGGGUACCCGGACCGGCACGGCAGCGUGA